CUAUAUACUGGUGGCUCUGUUUGCUAGCCACUUGCAUGGUGAAAAACUUACAGGGCCGAUUCAUCAUGUAUCACAACACCUGAUACUUCACUGCGCAAUCUUCUGACGUGCGCGCGAAGAAGCCGCGCAUGCGUAUAAAUGUAUAAAUGUACAAAUCGACCCCUAGCUUCCACCACGCAGGAAACACAUUCUCAAUAAAAGGAAUUUACUGCGACUUGCCUGCUGUUAUUAGUACAAAAAGAUGAAUUUCACUAUUCUCUUUUUUCUGGGUCUCUGCAUUGGUCAGAGCCUUUCUUCCUUUAGACGGAUUCCUUUCCGAAAACGCAGUUGGUUCAAUAAGUUGGAGCACUUUAAAUUGUCUCUGCUGCGAACAAGAGGGCGUUAUGAACCCAAUCCUGAUAGGGCACUCCACAUGGAGGACUCACCUGAGCUACUAAUAAACUACAAAGACCUCUAUUAUUACGGCAAUAUAUCCAUCGGAACUCCUGACCAAAACUUUACUGUGGUGUUUGACACUGGAUCCUCUAACCUCUGGAUACCAUCUGCUGAAUGUGCCUCUAAUAAUAGAGCCUGUCAGGUUCAUUGCACGUACAAUCAUUCUUCAACAACUUAUGUUCCCAAUAGAGAGGACUUCUCUAUUCAAUAUGGAACAGGGAGUCUGAGUGGGUUUCUCAGUCAAGACGUUGUUACAGUUGCUGGAAUAAAAGUACGAAAUCAAAUCUUUGGUGAAGCUACAGAACAACCAGGUGAGGUGUUCUUUAAUGAUCUCUAUGAUGGAAUUCUUGGAAUGGCUUGGCCUGCAAUAUCAGUAAAACAAGUGACACCAGUCUUCCAGAACAUGGUGUCCCAGAAUCUGGUGGAAAAAGCAGUUUUUGGGUUUUACUUGAACAGGCAAGGCAAUUUGGUGAUUUUACCAUGCAUCACAGAUUCAAUCGCGUGUAUAUAACAGCCAGGGGUGAUGAAGCUAAAGGUAGUGAUUUUUAAAGACAUGCCUAUGUUUCAUAGAUUUAUAUAGUCAAUGAUUAGCUGCUGAUCAACAAAAAAAAUUAGCUGGUUCCGUGCUUGAGAUUAUUGAGUAACACCAUCGCUUUUCCUGGCACAAUGUUAAUGUGUGCAGGAACUAUUCAGAUAAUGCAGCUUACUUUGCCCAUCAUGUGCUACACAAUGUUCACGGUUCUUAGGAAGGAGAAUCCCUUCUAGAAGGUUACUAGUUUGUUUGUUAAUACAUGCAGAGAUUAUGACAAAGAUGAACUAGGUGGGGAGCUGAUUCUCGGAGGAACAGAUCACUCUCACCACAAUGGCCCAUUACAGCAUGUUGAUGUAGAACUCCCUCCAACCUACUGGCGUUUUAAGAUGGACAGCAUUACAAUUGACCAGAAAACAUCUAACUAUUGUUCUGGUGGAUGUUAUGCAAUUGCAGACACAGGUUCAUCAGUUGUUUUUGGGCCUAUGGACGACGUAGAAAAACUUAAUGCUCAGCUGGGAGCAUACCAGAAUAACCAUCAAACUUACUUUGACUGUGGCAGUCUGAACUCCUUGCCAAAAGUUGGAUUCCAAAUAAACAACACCAUAUUCGAGCUGACUGGGCCAGAAUAUGUAGUCAACAUAACACAGGGUGGUGAAACUACCUGCCUGAGUGGGUUCCAAGGUCUUAAUUUUCCACAACCCAUGUGGAUUCUGGGAGCUUCUUUUAUCGGAGUAUACUACACAGAGUUUGAUGUUGAGGAAAUGAAGAUUGGUAUAGCCCGUGCUACGUAGUGUCUGAGACAAUUUGAACAGAAUGAUGUAGCAUUUGUAAAAAUCCGCUUUUUUACACAUUAUACUCUGUGUGAAUGUGUAAGUG